AUUUUACACGCGGCCAUCUCGAGUCGCCGGUCUCGACGCUACGUACGCACUGGUGCAACUACUCCCUCUCGAGCCUGCCAUCAAGAAGCCGCCGUACUUGCCGCGUCCCGCGUGCGCCGCGCCCCAGUUCCCAUGCCGUUCCCCUGCUUCGCCGCCGGCGCCCGAGGUGGCGGCGACCCGUCCGUGGCAGCGGCGCCAUCCUCCUCGGCGACGUCCGUCUACUGGACCCACCUCGGCGGCGUCACGCUGACGUGGUCCCGCGCUCCGAUCGGCCUCCUCCUGGCCGCGGAGCUUCGUCUCGCCGGGGACGGCGGCGACGACGACACCGCGCCCGCGCGGUUCGCGUUCCGGCCGUGGCUCCCGUGGCGGCGGCGCGGGUCGAAGCGGUUCUCCGCGCCGGGCGGCCGCGCCGUCAAGUUCUCGUGGGACCUGUCGCGCGCGCGCUUCGCCGCCACGGGACGCCGGCCGGAGCCCGUGUCCCGGUACUCCCUGCACGUCUCGGUGGACGGCGAGCUCGCGCUGGCCGUCGGGGACCACGCGUCGUCCGCCGCGGGGCUCCUCCUCUCCCGCCGUGAGAACGCCGCCGUCGCCGACGACGGCCGAGGCGAGGCCUACUCGACCACCGUCAGCGUCGCGGGCGAGAGGCACGACGUGUCCCUCGCCGUGGAGGGCUCCACCAUGUGGGUCGCCAUCGACGGCGAGAAGGCUCUCCAGGUGCGCCGGCUCCGGUGGAAGUUCCGCGGCAGCGAGAGGCUGGACCUCCCGAGCGGCCGCCGCAUCCGUGUCACGUGGGACCUCCACGGCUGGCUCUUCUGCCCGGACGCGGCCGCCGUCUUCGUCCUCCGGUUCGAAACCUCUGACGACGCGGACGACGAGGACGACGUGGACGAGGACGACGACGACGGCGGCGGCGCCAGCCCGCACGUGCAGAGGCAGAGUUCUUUCAGUUUCAGGAACCACCACCAGGCACACGGCGGUGGCGGCGAGAGCUGGUACAGCAGCGACAGCGAUAGGAGGGGGUGGAGGCGCGGUCCGUUCAGGUCGGGCUCGGACACAUCGCCGUCAGUGUCGGUGGCGUCGACGUCCGCCGCGUCGUCGGCCGGCAGCGUGGCCACGGUGUCGGAGUGGGCGGCCGCGGAGGAGGCGGCGGCGGCGCUCAAGGACGGCGGUGGGUUCUCCCUCGUCGUCCAGCUCUGGAAGAAGAGGAGAUAGUGGUAAGUGCGUCGCCGCCAAUCCAUUGCACUGCCUGCCGAGCAUUGCAUGGAAGAAGUAGAAGAUCGUAGAUCGAUCUCGCUCGUGCUUGGAAUUUGGAAACCAAUGCAUGUCGGAGCGGAGAGGAAAGAUUUUUUUUUUUUGGUUGUCAAACUGGAUGAUGAACAAUCUGCGAGUAAAGUAAAGCUUUGAUCUGUCGUGCUUUUUCUGUAUGCGAGUCGGUCCAUAAAAUGGCAACGAAUUCAAAACAUGGCGAUUUGAUC